AAAAAAAUCGUGGUAACCAGUCUAAAGAAACUAUUAUUAACGUGCGGGACAAGAGGCCUAGCAGCAUCCGCCGUCUAGGAAGAUUUUUAUGCGAAGUGCCAUGGGACAUAGUGGCUAAUCCAAACCAGUCUUGUGACCAAAACCUGAAUAACUUUACUGACGUUAUAAAGUAUGGACUUAAUACCCUAAUGCCACUGAAGACUGUGAAGGUUCAUCAAAAUGAUCAACCUUGGAUGAACAGCAACCUGAAACGUUUGAUUAAAAAAAGACAAAAGGCUCUUGCGCAGAACAAACAUGCUUUAUAUAAACAGUUAAGGAAUAAAGUAAAUCGAUCUAGGAAAAACUGCCGUAAAUUAUAUUAUGAAGCUAAGGUGAAAGAACUCAAACACACUAAACCUAAAGAUUGGUGGAAGGAG